AUGGUUAUGAAUAAUUUUGAUUUUUUUAACGGAUCACGUAAGAAUCGUUGCGUAGACGAUCGGCGCUUGGACACUCGCUUCGAAACAUGCCUCUCUCUUACUGCGACUCAGGUUUCUGUCGCAGGGGAAGAUGAAGCCAGCCCUGCCCUCGGCUUUGAAACCAGUUCUACUUACCUGAGCGAAACAUGCACAUACUGCGCCAUCCUGCACAUCACCACGGUGAGCGUGGAGAGGUCCUUUGCCAUCAGCUUUCCUCUGAGAUCCAAAGCGACCAUCACCAAGCGAAACGGGUCAUCCUGGCACCAGCCCCAUCCUCUUCCUCUUCGGGGUGGAACACCCCAAUGGCAGCCUGCCCCAGGAGAGCCGGGAGCGCAGGUCCAUCGAGCACGUGGGCGCACGGGGCUGCUCGAGACGAUGACCUGGGUCUCCACCAUUUAUUUCUUCCUGCCGAUGCUCUGCUUGACUCUGCUGUACGGCCUCAUCUGCAGAAAGCUCCGGCGGAGUGGGCAGCAGGCAGGAAAAGGUCCCACACGCAGACUGUCAAAAUGCCGCAUAAGAAGCAAAGUCAUCCUGUAUGACCUCAGGCAGUACUUCAGCCUCAUCACCAUGCUCUUCUACCUCAAGGCUUCUAUAAACCCCAUGCUUUACAUCAUGUCCACAAAUACAGGAAAGCGACGAGCAAAAUCCCGCACCACAAGCGAACUCGGCGCUGCAGGAGCCUGA